UACGCAGUGCAACGCGCAGCUUUGCAAUGGCGUCCGCCGUCAUGUUAUCCUGUUUCCUCUUCUUCCUCCUCUGCACUUCACACGCAGCAAAUCAUCAACAAACCAACUUCCUCAAUUGCUUUCUUGAAGCAACCGGAGGAUCUUCCUCAUCUCCUUCGAAGAUUUACACUCCCAACACCACCUCCUUCUCCACCCUCUUCCGCUCCUCCAUCCAAAACCUCCGGUUUCUCUCCUCCGGCGCAGAGACUCCCUCCUUCAUCAUCCUCCCUUCCGUCGAUAACGACGCCCAGGCUGCAGUCGUCUGCGGCCGCCGUCACGGCAUCCGCCUCCGAGUCCGGAGCGGCGGCCAUGACUACGAAGGCCUCUCCUACGUCUCCUUCUCCAGUACUGAUGGCCCGUUUGCCGUCGUCGACCUCUCUGGCCUUCGCUCCAUCAAGGUAGACCCUGCAGCCCGCGUCGCCUGGGUCGGCGCUGGCGCCACAGUCGGCGAGGUGUACUACCACGUGGCCGCCGCCAGCCCCACCGCCGCGUUCCCUGCCGGCAUCUGCUCCACGGUCGGUAUCGGCGGGCAGUUCAGCGGCGGCGGCAUCGGGUCGCUGCAGAGGAAGUACGGAGUCUCCGCCGACAACAUCGUGGAUGCCAAGCUGGUCAACGCCGAGGGGGAGCUGUUGACCAGAGAGACCAUGGAGGAAGACUUGUUUUGGGCGAUAAGAGGCGGCGGCGCGGCGAACUUCGGCGUCGUCGUGGCCUACAAGUUGCUACUCGUCCCGGUGCCACCCAAAGUGACUGUGUUCUCCGUGACCAGAACGCUGGGUCAGGGUGCCACGAGGUUGCUGCAUUCAUGGCAGAGCAUCGCACCGCGGCUCGCCGACGAUCUAUGGAUCAGGGCCUUGGUGAGGGCGGUCGGAGAGGCGCCGGUGAACCGCACGAUCCAGGCCACAUUCCAAGGUCUGUUCCUGGGGACGCGUCGCGCUACCCUUGCGGCCAUCAAGAAGAGCUUCCCUGAGCUGCGCGUGAGGGCCGAGGACUGCAACAAGCUGAGUUGGGUGGAGACGAAUCUCUACCUCGAUGGCCGUGCAUUUAAUAAUACCAGCGUGCUGUUGGACCGGCGGCAGGUGUACAACAUCUCCUUCAAGGCCAAGUCGGACUUCGUCAGGAAGCCCAUCUCCGAUAAAGCAUGGGAAGGGAUUUGGAAGGUUAUGAUGGAGGCCGAGGAGGAGCCUCUGGUGAUGAUACUUGAGCCGUGGGGUGGAAGGCUUUGGGAGAUAGAGGACGAUGCCAUUGCUUUCCCUCACAGGAAGGGGAAUUUGUAUAAUAUUCAGUACAUCAUGGCGUGGUUAGAGACAGAGGCGGCAGCGUCGACGGAGAGGCACUUGACAUGGAUGAGGAGGCUCUACGACUACAUGGCCCCACACGUGUCGACCAAUCCGAGAGCUGCGUAUCUUAACUACAAGGAUAUCGACUUGGGGAGCAGCAGAGAGGAGGGCAGGACGAGCUACAAGGAGGCAAGCGCUUGGGGAAGAAGAUACUUCCUCCGCAACUUUGAGAAGCUCGCGAAAGUCAAGGCUCGAGUUGACCCGGAGAACUACUUCUGGAAUGAACAAGGCAUCCCUCCUUUUGCUGCUUGAUGAAUAAACAACUACUUAUGCUUUGUAUUUGAAUGCAUUUAAUUACAGAAAAAUACUUGAGAAGUCGUUUUAGAUUACAAAUGAGAUCCACUGAAAUUAA